AUGCCAACCAAAGCGACAGAUGAAGGCCUAAAGAGGAAACGAGUUCCCAUAAAGGAGAAGUCGAAGAAGCGCGCCAAAUCAGAGUCUGGAUCAGAAUCUGAGGGCAGUGGCGAUGAGAGCGACCCUCAGGCCGAAAUCCUGCUUCUUGAGAAUGAGAUUUUGGAAUCGAAGAAACACUACAACAACAUCACGAAAUUGAUUCAGAUCGCGAAGACAUUCCAGAAUGAUCCCGAGGCAGCUGCUCUUGCGUCCGUGGCUCUUUGCAGAGUAUUUAUCAGAUUGCUUUCCGCUGGGGCCCUUGUGAAGAGAAAAGGUCUCGCUGAGAAGGAAUCGGUGGUUGUCCAAUGGCUCAAAGACCGUUAUUUCGAGUACAAAUUAGUGCUCAUCGAGCUUCUCGGUGAUGAGGAUCUCGCAGCGACAGCAUUGACUCUGGCCAUGCGGUGUCUCAAGGCUGAGGCUCAGCAUCUUAAUGAUAGAGAGGAGUACACCUUUCCGCAGAACUUUCUGCAGGAGAUUCUUACUGCUCUUUUGAACUCGGAUAGUGACGAUGCCCGUCUCGAGUUUGUUGAGAAGUAUUUGGGUGUGUAUGACGAUAUCCGCUUCUGCACGCUGAAGGCUAUUAAAGCCUUGGCCGAAGCACCAGGUGAUAUGCCGGAGGACGAACUCUUUGACGACGCAUUUGAGCUAUUGUCUAAUAUCGGCAAUCUGCCCACGGAACUGGAAAAGUAUUAUGUCGAGAAGCCUAAGAAGAAGUCGCACAACCUCAACUCCUUGAAUCAGCACAAAAAGCAAGGCCAGGACGCUUGGCUCGCAGUUUUGAAGCUAGCCUCAACAAAAGAGCAACGCAAGCGGGUAUUGGAUAUUAUGUCCAACGAAAUCGCACCUUGGUUCAUUCGGCCCGAGCUACUUGCCGACUUUCUCACCGAUUCUUACGAUGCUGGUGGCUCGAUAUCACUUCUCGCGCUGUCUGGCGUGUUUUAUCUCAUCAAGGAGCGAAACUUGGACUACCCGUCAUUCUACACGAAGCUUUACUCUCUCCUGGACCGCGACAUUCUUCACUCCAAACACCGUUCAAGGUUUUUCCGCCUGAUGGACACUUUCCUCGCUUCAACUCAUUUACCGGCUGUGCUAGUAGCAAGCUUUAUCAAAAGGCUCGCACGACUUAGUCUCAAUGCGCCUCCCAGCGCCAUUGUUUACAUAGUCCCUUGGAUGUACAACAUUCUCAAAAGGCACCCGCUGUGUACCUUUAUGAUCCAUAGGCAGACGAGAGACCCGGAUGUCAAGGCCCUCAUGGAGAAGCAAGGUCUCGACGACCCCUUUUUGGAAAACGAGACGGACCCUAUGGAGACCCGCGCCAUUGAGAGCUGCUUAUGGGAGAUUGUGCAGUUACAGUCACACUACCAUCCUAAUGUGGCAACUAUUGCCAAGAUCAUGUCUGAGCAGUUCACCAAGCAGUCAUAUAACAUCGAGGAUUUCUUGGACCACUCUUAUGGCAGUCUGCUCGAAGCAGAGAUGACCAAGCAAGUUAGAAAACCACCAGUAAUCGAGUUCCAGAUUCCCAAACGGGUCUUUCUCCCGAACGAUCCUGAGUCUGGGGUUCAGGACAAUCUGCUUACAAAGCUGUGGAGCUUCCAGUGA